GGCUUGGGUUCGCGCCGCACUCCGGCUUCGCCCAUUUCUGGUCAGUUUCGCGGGUGCGGCCGGCAGCGGUGGUCUAGAARGGAGGCCCGUUAGAAGGGAGAGGGAAAAAGGACCUGAAUUUAUCAGACACCUACCCACCCCCACUUCGGACUCCAUUCCUUAAGGGAAGUAGAGCCCUUGGAAUCUGGUUCUGGUUUCGCUUUGGGCUGGAGGUGGGUAGRUCGGGGUCAGGAGAGAUCCUGGAGGAGGGGGUUGGACUUGGUGUUCUGCCCCACAGAUCAGGGCCUGGAGAGACUGACUAUUCACCUUCCUGGACACAUACCCCCCACCCAUCCACGUCUGGCCAGGGAGACCCUUAUGUGCUGUGGCCAGGGCCUGGCUCCGGUUGCAGAGUAAACUGCGUAGACACGUCCAUGCUUAGAAAACAAAUUUGACCAUACCAAACCAGUCCGAUCCCAUUUGGAGGACCGGCCAGGACCACGCCGCAGUCCAACUAACUGCUAGUCUUUCUGCGAGAGAGGGGGAAAGCAAAGACCCCUGGCCACAACCUUGACCCCUCUCCUCCUGUGGAGGAGUGAAGGUCCUGUUCAGAGGGGCCAGUCUCUCUAAAUAUGCCCCAGGAUGACCGAGCGGCCGCCGAGCGAGGCGGCACGCAGUGACCCCCCGCUAGAGGGACGGGAAGCGGCCGAGGCCCGCAUGGCCCCCCCGCACCUGGUCCUGCUGAACGGCGUCACCAAGGAGACAAGCCGCGCGGCCCCAGCCGAGCCCCCGGUCAUCGAUCUGGGUGCUCGCGGCGGCCCGGGGGGCGGCCCUGCCGGUGGGGGCGGCGCCACGAGAGACUUAAAGGGCCGAGACGCGGCGGCGGCCGAAGCGCGCCAUCGGGUGCCCACCACCGAACUGUGCAGACCUCCCGGUCCCGCCCCGGCCCCCGCGCCCACCUCGGCCCCAGCGGAGCUGCCAGGCGACGGCCGCAUGGUGCAGCUGAGCCCGCCCGCGCUGGCGGCCCCCGGCGGCCCCGGCCGCGCUCUGCUCUACAGCCUCAGCCAGCCGCUGGCUUCGCUCGGCAGUGGGUUCUUUGGGGAGCCUGAUGCCUUCCCCAUGUUCACCACCAACAAUCGAGUGAAGAGGAGACCCUCUCCCUAUGAGAUGGAGAUUACAGAUGGUCCCCACACCAAAGUAGUGCGGCGGAUAUUCACCAACAGCCGGGAGCGAUGGCGGCAGCAGAACGUGAAUGGGGCAUUUGCUGAGCUCCGAAAGCUGAUCCCCACUCACCCCCCGGACAAGAAGCUCAGCAAAAAUGAGAUCCUCCGCCUGGCUAUGAAGUACAUCAACUUCCUGGCCAAGCUGCUUAAUGACCAGGAGGAGGAGGGCACCCAGAGGGCCAAGCCUGGCAAGGACCCCGUCGUGGGGGCGGGCGGAGGCGGGGGUGGGACAGGGGUUGGUGCUCCUCCAGAUGACCUCCUGCAGGACGUGCUUUCUCCCAACUCCAGCUGUGGCAGCUCCCUGGACGGGGCAGCCAGCCCGGACAGCUACACGGAGGAGCCGGCACCCAAGCACACGGCCCGCAGCCUCCAUUCUGCCCUGCUGCCUGCCAGUGAUGGGGCCGGCCCCCGGUGAUGGGUCUGGGGUCACCCAGGACCAGCCGGGAGAGGGCCCCUAGGCCACUGGGAUGGUGGGCUUUAGGGCAAGUGGGAUGAGAAACAGGGCAAUGGACUUUAUGAAAUUCCCUUGCGCUCUGAACUUUGGGAAGCCCCAAGGCUGGCUUUUCCGUUUCCUGCUCAGUAGAACAGGAAAACGGAGCAAAGUGGUAGGUACUUUUUUUCUGAAGAUGGCACGGUCUUCCCCCUCCCUGAAACCCUAAGACUUCCUAAGAGAGAGGCUCAAAUGUCACCGCUUUUGGCCUGGAGUUUGGAGCCCUGUCUUGGCUGACACCUGAAGUUGUCUGCUGUGUCAUCUGGGGUAUCCAGCAGUCUCUGCCUUGCCAUUAGCCCCUCCCAAGCUGGUUGGAUGGCUUUUGUGGCUGCUUCUGUCCAAAUAUAUAGGUACCCAAUGGCUGCCCAUUUCUUGAGCCCUGUCUUCACCCAGGCCCAUGUUGAUCCAUCCAGCUUGCCAGCUGCUGCGGAGAGUCACAAGCCUUGAGGUGCCUUCUUCAUGGCCUGGUUGAAGAAGUUGGCCAUUGGACAGCCUGCUCCUGACUAACUGGGCCAGAGGGUCAGGAAACCCAAUAGCCCUUACUUCUUGCCCGGGGGAUCAAAGUUCUUUCUCUCCACUGAGACUUGCCUUCCUAUCCUGUGGMUGUGGAGAUGGAGUCUACAGCCUUGAGCAUGCCCUGUUGGGCCUUGUGUGAAGGCAGAGAAAGGGAAAAUGAUAAGAGAGUGAAAAUGAGCAAGAGAUUUUGGGCAUGUGGGCUUCAGCUCCUGCACGUUACUGUUUGAGCAAAUGCCAGUGUGCUGAUGGGCACCUGUUGGUGCUGAAAAGGGAAGUGCAGCCUCAUGCACAUUCUCCUAGAUGCUUAGAGGGUGUUCCCUGCUGCAAGAUGUCUGCUAAAUGAUCUGGUCUUUCUUCUGAAUGAAUUGAGCACAAACUGUCCUAUGAAUUAUUUGUAUUUAAGAUUUUUUUCUUGAUUCAGUUAUUGGUGAAAUCUUUAGGUCUGGAUAUGACCCAGGACACAGCCCCACUUCUAGGGCAUGGGAAAUCCAAUCAGACACCAGGCCCUGGCUAAACAUAUGCAUAUUCAUCUAGCAGAACUUUAAAUACCAUGUGAUUGUGCAGCUUUUUGUCAUUAAAGGCRUUCAGGGGAGGCUGGUUUAAUACAAUACGAGUGUCCCCUCCAAAAGUUGUACAUGGCAUUUUUGUAAAUCAAAUCCUUAUUCUUCAUCUUUUAAAGAAAUAACUACUGCAAGUUCUUUUGUAAAGUGAAGAAUCCUUUUGUAGUGUGAAUGACUGCCCCUUUGUUUAUCCCUGUGUCCAUCCAGGUGGUGGGACAUAGUUUUCUGCCUGUGAUACAUUUCUAAGCCCAUGAAACAAACUGCACAGAAGUCCUCUGUAUUUGUCAUUGUACUUUAAGUCACCCCAGCCCUCUCCCACCAGGCUCUGCCUUUGAGGUCAGAGAAAAUAUCCUGUCAUGUAAGAACCCAUCAGUCUGGCUGUUGGAAAUCGCCUUUCCUGUUCUGAGUUUCAGCCCAGCAGCUUGCCCCGUGCUGUGAUGAGGCCCUAUGCAG